AUGUUUGACCUAAUCAGGGAUAUAGCCCAAGGCUUCGUGACCGUUGGCGCCAAGGUAGCGUCUAACACUACCGAGACAGUUCGCAAGGUGGCAACCGACACGCGCACCGCCGUGACGAAAAUUGCUGGCGACAGUGCCAGCACCGCCCGUAAGGUCGCGGGAGACAUCGCCUCCACCGGGACGAAGAUUGUGGGCGAUUCAGUCAGUACCUUCGCCAAGGUUGGGUCCGACGUCGCGGGAACAGGAAUCAAGAUUGCGAAGGACGUGGGCGACACGGCCAACCAGAUCCUCCUAGGCGAGAAUAUCACCAGCAUCCUGGACAAUGUGCUCUACGACGGCCUUGGAACGGGAGUCAGGAUCGUGACCGAUUGCGUCGGGACGUUGGCGAAGACUACGGGGGACGUGGUCGGUACCCUAGCGAAGGUGUUAUCCGACUCGUACAGUACUGCCUUUAAAGUUGUAAAGGAUAGUCUGUCGACUGCGGACAUGAUCCUUCUGGACGUACUAACUACCGUCCGCAAAGUCCGAGACGACACACUCACGACGGGGUUCCAGGCCGCCAGUUGCGCAGUAAGUAGCCCAGUUGCCGAUGUUUUCCUCAAGUACGCAACGGAUGUAUUCACCGCUGCAGGCGACGCGGCGGUUAUUGAUGCGAUCCUCCAAGUGAUACACCACUCCCUCCAGGCCAUGACGCAGAGCCUCAGCGGAGCAGUGCUUAUCUGGAGAGGCAUCCUCACCAAUGGCGCAAACGAAGACACCCUGGGCUUUAUCUUGAACGACCUUUACGAUUUGCUGCGGUUCCUAUACGACCUAGUCAAGCCAGAGAACGUUAUCCCCGGAUACCCAGCAGCCGAUGGUACGAUCAAGAACAGAGCAGACGAGUUCCCCGGUAGUGAUAACCCAUACAACGAGCUUGACCUUCGGCUGGCCCAGAAUCGCCACGCCAUCGUCUACCAGGUGCAGCGGGUCGCAUUGACGCUCAUCGCCAUCCUCAAGAUGGGCAGGGAACAAGUGCCGCCGAGCGGAAUAGGCAACCUCCAUAUGGACGUCAGCCUACCCAGUGACUUCGACAAGGACGGCACCCCCCCGCCACCAACCUACCUCUCCAGGCUCGGGGGAGGCUCAGAAUCUCCUCCAAACGAGAAGUGGCUAUUCAUCAACGGGAUCGCGAACGAGUUUGUCUGGUUCCAGCGCUCGUGCGAUAAGAUUCGCGACACUUUCCAGAGAGAAGUCAAGGGCAUCUAUAACAGGAGCGACGGCAUCCUCUGGGACCUGAUCGAGUGUUGCGGAGAGCAUAGCGCGGCCGGGUCAGAAAACGCCCUUAUCGAACGCACACAGAGCAGUAAGGCCGCGCAAGAGAGCCUUGAGCGGGAGCUCAGCGACGCGCUAUGGCCUAUUGACCGUAGUGCCCCGGACAAGGUGGUCAUGAUCGCCCAUUCCCAGGGAUGUCUCCUCCUACGGCUAGCGCUACAAACGCUAGUAAAGGAGAACCCAAGGGGCUCCCGAAGGGGCUCCCAGCGGAGGAGGGAUAUGAAGGAAAGACUGAGAGUGUUCACUUUUGGGAACCCGAGCAUUGAUUGGCGGGUCAUAGGUGGGACGGGUCAGUCCUUAAGCGAGUAUACGAAUGCUACCGAGCACUUUGCGCAUAAAGUGGACUUUGUGGCCAUGUUGGGGGUUGUGACGCAUCGGGACGACCAAAACUCAGGCUAUGAUAAGGACUCAGUUUUCUACAGCAAGGAGGGGAGAGCACACUUAUUUGGGGCGCAUUAUCCUCUUGGAGCGGAGUCUUAUGACAACGGGGUGAAGUCGAAGUUGUUGAGGGCAGUGUAUGGGAGGGAGAUAGCUUGA